AUGAAGAUCUUUACCGACUUUGGGUGCAGAGUAUCUUAUGGUAUUCCCGUGACCAGCCGAACGACUAUCCCUACUGUCGAGAAGGAUAAGCCACCAGUUAAUGGCAAUGGUCACGCAUUCAACGAAGGUGCAAACGGCUCUGGUUCAGAACUUACAGCUCCCUUUCCUAACGUGAAUGGAAAUCAAACAUAUUCAAAUGAAGGAGUUGAGCAGCGACCGUCACAAGCGCAUCAAGAACCAGCGCCAAGGUACAUCGCGAGACCCAAUUUUGGCUUGAUCGACUUCACGUUACUGGAUACUUUAGGUACACUUACAUCAAUAGCAUCUUAUCUCUUUCAGAAGCAUUCUACUCGUACUGGGACGUUUGGUCGGGUGUAUCUUACCAAAUUUAAACAUACAGAAAACUAUUAUGCAAUGAAAGUAUUGAAAAAACUUGAAGUUGUACGACUUAAGCAAGUGGAACACAUUAAUUCGGAAAAGCUAAUCCUUAGUCAAGUUCACCACCCAUUCAUCGUGAAUUUGUUUUGUACAUUUCAAGAUGAACGAAAUUUAUAUAUGCUACUUGAAUACGUCAUUGGUGGAGAGCUUUUUUCUCAUCUGCGGAAAGCCGGACGGUUUACUACAGAUAUGACACGGUUUUAUGCAGCAGAAAUCGUUCUUGCUAUUGAAUAUUUGCAUUCUAAAGAUAUAAUUUAUCGAGAUUUAAAACCAGAAAACCUACUAUUAGAUUGUAGAGGCCAUGUUAAAAUCACGGAUUUUGGUUUUGCAAAAAGGAUCGAGGAUCGUACCUGGACGUUAUGUGGCACUCCAGAAUAUCUGGCACCGGAAAUCAUUCAAAGCAAAGGUCACGGAAAACCCGUGGAUUGGUGGGCAUUAGGAAUUCUAAUAUUCGAAAUGUUAGCAGGAUAUCCACCAUUUUUUGAUGACAAUCCAUUUGGCAUUUACGAAAAAAUUCUUGCCGGAAAAAUACAGUUUCCAUCUCAUUUUGAUCCGAACGCCAAGGACCUUAUUAAACGUUUACUAACAUCUGAUCGUACAAAACGACUGGGUAACCUUCGAAAUGGUAGUGAAGAUGUGAAGAAGCAUAAAUGGUUCCGUGGUGUUGAUUGGCAAGGAUUAUAUGAAAGGCGUGUACAAGCACCGAUUAUUCCUCCAUAUCAACAUCCAGGUGAUACUAGUAACUUUGAAAAAUAUCCAGAACCUUCAGAUGAGGAAAAUGGUGUUGGUAGUACGAAUAUGUUAACGGGAGUGACAGAUUUAUGCUACAUAAAAUGUAAAGACCUUUAUUCCUUGUCCAGUUCCUUGUUUUUAUGGUUUAAUGAGUCAUCUUUCCUUGUUUGUGAUUACGGAGUCUAG